AUGUAUUCCGCUCAGAGGCAGAUUAUCGUCUGGUCAAGUAACCAUUUCGGUUCCCAAAUCUUCUAUAAUCCCUCCUCUCUUCUCAUUGCUGUGGAUUCAAGGCAUCCAUAUAGCCAGUCCUCUAGUUAUUUAGGUCUCCUUAACAGUCAACACGAAAGUGUUCUCCAUGAGAACCUUUCGUAUGAGAGUUUCCAUUAUGGAGCUUCUGAAAUCCCUCCUUUCAGUUCACAACAAGCUGACGCCCCAACUCUACCUGAAGACACACCAGUGGACCGUAGGGAGAGAAGGAAGUGGACACCAGCUGAUGACGAGGUUCUAAUCAGUGUGUGGCUAAACACAUCUAAGGAUGCUGUUGUGGGUAAUGAUCAAAAGUCAGGGACGUUCUGGAAACGAGUUGGGGAAUAUGUUGCAGCAAGUACUGACGGUAGAGAGGGUGGUGAAAAGAGAGAGUUUCUCCAUUGUAAACAGAGGUGGCACAAAAUCAAUGAUCUCACUAACAAGUUCUGUGGUGCAUUUGCGGCUGCGGAGAGACAAAUUACCAGUGGUCAGAACGACAAUGAUGUUCUAAAGGUGGCUCAUGACAUCUUCUACUCUGACCACAAAUCCAAAUUUACACUUGAGCAUGCGUGGUGUGUGUUGAGGUAUGAACAAAAAUGGCUUAACCUUAAUAUCCCUAAAGCUAAUGCCAAUUCGAAGAGAAGAAUUGGUGAGACAGGUUCCCAAACUUCAACCACCAAUGUUGGUGAUCAUGAGACAAGGCCUGAAGGUAUCAAGGCUGCAAAAGCUAAAAGGAAUAAUGGUCAAGUGAAGUCUCUUGCUGAGUUUACGAGCAUUUGGGAAAUGAAAAAGGAGGAUUUGGCGAUGAAGGAGAAACUGUCAAAGCUGGCCAUACUAGACACUCUCCUUGCCAAAAAAGAACCCCUCAGUGAGGCUGAAGAAGUUGUGAAGAACAAACUUCUCGCCCAGUAUUUCUGA